UAAGCCUUUCUACUCUCUCCACUCAUAACAUCACCAGCUCAUUCAACUCUCCAUAGUUUCCUUUCCUAUUCCUUCCCUUUUCACUCCCAAAUUUUGCUUGCCUUUAUUCCCUUGGGGUGAAACAGAUCCAGUUUCUCUCAAGUUCCUAUGGCAUCUGCUGAGGUUGAGUCAGUGAAAACAGUACUUCCAGUGGAGAAAACUGAAGAACCAAUCAAGCCUCAAGAGGAGGUGGUCGAGCUGCUCAAACAAGAGGCGCUUCCUGAAGAGUCAAAGGAGGAGGAAGUUACUGGAGCACUACCUGAGGAAACAGUGACCACAGAGGCCGAGCCACCGUCCGAAGAAGCUGAAACUAAAGAGCUCACAGGAGAGGCCGAAGUUGUCACACGAGAGCUGAAUGUAGUGGAGAGUGCAGAGGAAACACCAAAGGAAGUCACGGUUGCAGAGAAGGCUGCAAAAGUGGCACCUGAGACUGAGCCAGAGUCGGUUGUGGAGGAGACUGCAAAGGCGGUGCCGGAGUCCACGGUUGAGGAGACUCCAAAGGAAGCUGUGGAGGCGGUGGUGGAGGAGAAGAAAGAAGAAGUAUCAGCAGAGGCUGUUGAUGCUUCAGUGCCAGAAGCUGAAGCAGAAAAACCAAGAGAGGAGGUUAAGGAAGAAGAGAAACCGGUGGUUAUCGAAGCGAAAGAUGGCGGAGAAGUUGCGGUCGAGAAAACUGAGUAGCCAUCAAGUGAUGAGAGGAGAGUGAUCUUAUGGACUGGUGGAUGUUUGUGUAGCUAAUGCUGUGGUCUGCAUGUGGGUUGUGCUUUUUAAAUUUGGUUGUAAGAUAAUAAGAGUCGCUACGUCAUGGAUUGUAUUAACUCCUGGGGAGGCUUUGCUUCAUAUUGUAUGGAUGCGUUGCAUAUAGAACAGGCAAUUGGUGAAUCUUUGGUGUGAGAUGAGGGUUGUUUUGCCUAAGUAAUGGGAUUUUUGAGUUUCUCCUAA